AUGGAACUUGCCCUGCUGUAUGCGCUGGUGAUGUUGGCUGGUAUGAGUCCCACCCAUGGCAGCAUCCUGAAUCUGAACAAGAUGGUACGGCGAAUGACCGGGAAGAUUCCCUUCUUUUCCUAUUGGCCCUACGGAUGCUACUGUGGACUCGGUGGCAGAGGUCAACCCAAAGAUGCCUCCGACUGGUGUUGCAAAGCUCAUGACUGCUGCUAUGAGCACCUGCGCCAUGACCAUUGCCGUAUCUUCACAGACAAUUACAAAUACACCAUUUCCCAGGGGACCAUAGAGUGCUCUAAGAAUGGGAGCUGGUGUGAGAAGCAGCUAUGUGCCUGUGACAAGGAGGUGGCCUUGUGUCUGAAGCGCAACCUAGGCACCUACCAGAAGCGACUGCGUAACUACAACAGGCACCAAGGCUGUGGGGACCAGGCUCCUGGAUGCUAG